CGCCAGUAGGUUAGGCUGAGGCAGCGGCAGUCGGACGGAGACGGGGAGCGGACGGGCGAGAGGCUGCGUUUGCGGCGGGGACCGGUCAACGGGAAGCCUUUCAACGGAAGGUCUGGGAGCGGAAGCUGCGGUGAACUGACCGGGUUGGCGGCAGAGAGGCGACGAGCCAUCGCUUUCCGAACUGGGUUUUGAAGGGGUAGGUGGCGGUAACUGAAGAUGUCAGAUAAUGGUGAAGUGGAGGACAAGCCUCCGGCUCCGCCCAUGAGGAACACCAGUACCAUGAUUGGAGUGGGCAGCAAAGAUCCCGGAAGCCUUAACCAUGGCUCCAAACCUCUUCCCUUGGCUCCUGAAGAGAAGAAGAAGAAAGAUAGGCUCCGAUUCUUCCCUGGAGCAGGAGACAAAACCAACAGAAAAAAAGAAAGAGAACGACCAGAGAUCUCGCUACCUUCUGAUUUCGAGCAUACAAUACAUGUUGGAUUUGAUGCUGUCACAGGAGAGUUCACUGGCAUGCCUGAGCAAUGGGCUCGAUUACUACAGACGUCGAAUAUCACAAAGCUGGAGCAGAAGAAGAAUCCACAGGCAGUGCUGGAUGUUUUAAAAUUCUAUGAUUCAAAAGAAACAACAAACAGUCAGAAAUACAUGAGCUUCACAGAUAAAACAACAGAUGGUUAUGCAACCACAAAUGCACUGAGCACAAAGAAUGUGUCGGAGUCUCCAGCCGUGCCUCCGGUUUCAGAGGAUGACGAUGAAGAUGAAGGCGUUCCACCGCCCGCGAUUGCACCGCGACCUGAACACACCAAGUCGAUGUACACACGGUCUGUGAUCGAUCCCAUUCCUCUCCCACCCACCAAAGAUGCAGCCACGUCUCCCAUCUCCUCACCCUCUGAGAACAGCACAACCCCUUCGAACACCCUAACCAGGAAUGCAGAGAAACAGAAGAAGAAGACGAAAAUGACGGAUGAGGAGAUACUGGAAAAAUUGAGAAGUAUAGUAACUGUUGGUGAUCCGAAGAAGAAGUAUUCACGAUUUGAGAAGAUUGGACAGGGGGCUUCAGGCACAGUGUACACAGCAAUUGAUGUGGCCACGGGGCAAGAGGUCGCAAUCAAACAGAUGAAUUUACAACAGCAGCCGAAGAAAGAACUGAUCAUUAACGAAAUUUUGGUUAUGAGGGAAAAUAAAAAUCCAAAUAUAGUUAAUUAUUUAGACAGUUACCUCGUGGGGGAUGAAUUGUGGGUGGUUAUGGAGUACCUGGCCGGUGGAUCAUUGACUGAUGUGGUCACAGAGACGUGUAUGGAUGAAGGACAGAUUGCAGCUGUGUGCAGAGAGUGUUUACAAGCCCUGGAGUUCCUGCACUCAAACCAGGUCAUUCACAGGGACAUCAAAAGUGACAAUAUCCUGCUGGGAAUGGACGGAUCCGUCAAGCUAACUGACUUUGGCUUCUGCGCUCAGAUUACACCCGAGCAGAGCAAACGAAGCACAAUGGUAGGCACUCCCUACUGGAUGGCGCCUGAGGUGGUGACGAGAAAAGCAUACGGCCCCAAGGUCGACAUUUGGUCGCUGGGAAUAAUGGCAAUUGAAAUGAUUGAGGGAGAACCCCCAUACCUUAAUGAGAACCCUCUGCGGGCAUUGUAUUUAAUAGCAACGAAUGGCACUCCGGAGUUACAGAAUCCUGAAAAGCUGUCGUCUAUAUUUAGGGACUUCCUUAAUCGCUGCCUCGAGAUGGAUGUGGAGAAGAGAGGGUCUGCCAAGGAGCUGCUCCAGCACCAGUUCCUGAAGGUGGCAAAGCCGUUAUCCAGCCUGACUCCGCUGAUCCUGGCCGCCAAGGACGCUGCCAAGAAUAACCGUUAACCCGGCGGUGACGUCCAAACUCUGCUCUCCCUCUGCAAGUGAUCCAUCCCUGGUCCUCGUAACGCAACCACUCCUGACUCGGAGCCCCCUGAGCUUCCGUUUCACAGCCAAGUCACAGGGAAGUCGGGGGGGGGGGCUGCAUUUCCAUUGUGCGAUGUGACAGUUAAUGCAUUUUGGAGGGGGAUUGUGGGGGACUUCUUCCCUUAAACUGCAGUGGGUGUAAUUACUUCUUCAAAGUACUCAUCAGCGGUACAACGUGGUCAUGGCACUGUGGAACUGCAGCCUGGGAUGGAGAAUAAAAUCAGGGGUUGGGACCUUUGCCAGAUUUGGUAAUAGCAGGGAGAGGAUCUUGUGUCCACUAAACAAUAAUAUUCUUUUCAAACCCAGCCAUGACACACUGGCAGGGUUUUCUCCUCGUACUCCAAAACAGUGUUACUUGAUUUGGAUCGACAGGCAAGUGCUUUCAGUUUUUUAUUCCUUUUCUCUCCCAAUGUUCAUAAAUAUUUUUUCUUUUGUAUCUCUUUUUCCUUCAAUCACUUUGACUGAUGCCGUGAUCACGCUGUUCACCCCGACCUUUGCCUUCAGCUCGGGGCUGUUCUCAAAUCACUGAAUGUAUCGACAGGCUGUUUAUUGAUUAUGUACAUGGUGUAGUGAUUGAGACUGUAGAAAUCAGUUUUAAUACACACAGUGCGGCCUGCAAUGUAGAUUAUUUUUGUGAGUGUUCCCAUCCCAUCAGAUGUUUGUUAGUUUUCCAGACAUUACUGCCCAGGGCAACUGGUGCAUUGUCCUUUGCCUUGGGUAACUUAACAUGCUGCUAAAUUUUGAGAAUGUCUAUAGUGUACAAAACUAUGGAAUUUUAAAAACUAUGGGGUUAAAAAAAAAGAAUAAAAAGGGUGUGUUCUAAUACUUCUGCAAUCGUUUAUACAUCUUUGGGAGGAAUGAACUGGACAAAGUGACUGGCAUUUUUGAGGAUUGGCAUUGCUCUUAAUCGAUGCCAGGGUGACUCACAACCGAGAUUUUUCGAAUGUUUCUUUCACUGUUUCGCCCUGAAGCAACAGAGGUACGGAAAGCCAGUGUGACUGAAGAACUGGCUUUCCUCGUCUGGGUUUGUCACCCGCUGUCCCAGUUGUAAUAUCAGUUUUAAAAAGAAAUGUAGCAAUAAAUAAAAGGAAAAGGCAGUGAAGAUUAUAA